AUGUCCAUUCCACAGCCUAUCUCCAACUUGACACAGGCGUUCGAAAGAACGGGCCUGUCACCAAAGAACAACAACACGGUUUCCACCUCUCCAACCGCGUCGUACUUCGAGCAGCACAGACUCGCGGGCGGCAGACGUGCCAAGACCUUGAAGCCUUUCUCCACGGGUGAUGUGAAGAUCUUGCUUCUGGAAAACGUCAACCAGACCGCGUUGGACAUCUUUGGCCAGCAGGGCUACCAGGUCGAGUUCCUCAAGACCUCUCUUCCGGAGGAGGAGUUGAUCGAGAAGAUCAAAGACGUCCACGCCAUCGGUAUCAGAUCGAAGACGAGAUUGACCGCCAACGUUCUCAAGCACGCCAAGAACCUAGUCGUCAUCGGCUGUUUCUGUAUCGGAACCAACCAGGUCGACUUGGAGUACGCAGCCAAGAACGGUAUCGCGGUGUUCAACUCACCUUUCUCGAACUCGAGAUCCGUCGCAGAGUUGACCAUCGCCGAGAUCAUCGCCUUGUCCAGAGAGUUGGGCGACAGAAACAUGGAGUUGCACAACGGCACCUGGAACAAGAAGUCCGCCAGAUGCUGGGAAGUCAGAGGCAAGACCUUGGGUAUCGUCGGUUAUGGCCACAUCGGUUCCCAGUUGUCCGUCUUGGCCGAGUCUUUGGGUAUGAAUGUGCUCUACUACGACACUCUCAUGAUUAUGUCCUUGGGUAACUCCAAGCAGGUCGGCUCGCUCCAAGAGUUACUGAAUAGCUCUGACUUUGUCACUCUCCACGUCCCAGAGACCGCUGAAACCAAGCAAAUGAUUUCCACCCCUCAGUUGGCCGAGAUGAGGGACGGCGCCUACUUGAUCAACAACUCCAGAGGUACCGUCGUCGAUCUUCCUGCCCUCAUCGAGGCCCUCAGAAUCGGCAAGCUUGCAGGUGCGUGUAUCGACGUGUAUCCAAAGGAGCCAAGAGCCAACGGCCCUUACUUCAAUGGCCACGAGCUUCUCCCAUUCAUCGACGAACUGAAGACUCUGAAAAACGUCAUUUUGACUCCUCACAUAGGUGGUUCCACUGAAGAGGCCCAAUCUGCCAUUGGUAUCGAGGUCGGCACAGUCUUAACCAAGUACUUGAACGAGGGUGCCUCCAUUGGCGCUGUCAACUUCCCAGAAGUUUCCUUGAGAGCUUUGGACCUUGACCAAGAAAACGCCUGCAGAAUAUUGUAUAUCCAUCAAAACGUUCCAGGUGUUUUGAAAACCGUCAACCAGAUCUUGUCCGACUACAACAUCGAAAAGCAGUUCUCAGACUCCAGAGGUGACAUCGCCUACUUGAUGGCAGACGUCUCUGGUGUCAAUUCAGACGACAUCAAGAACUUGUCUGCCGAGUUAGAAGCAACCGCUUUUAACAUUUCCACAAGAUUACUAUACUGA